GUGCUUAUGGUUGAAUUCAUUCGCACAAAAGCUGUUUAUAAGAAAGCGAUGGACGACUGAUAAAUGUCGUUUUCGUACAAUUUUAUUAUACGACGUUCCGUUUCAGUGGUGAUGUAUGUACAUGUUACCGGUCAUGCAUGACAACAUACUUGACUACUAGUACUUAAUCGCUUUCAAAAUCGCAUAGAUGUCAGAGGUAAUACAACCAGAACACAAAAUGGCCAGCCAGGAGUGUGUUACAUACCCCGACCAAGUCAGAGAAAAACUGGCAGGCAAGACUAUCCUGAUCAUCGGAUCAAGUACUUCUGGACACCGAUUAGUGUGGGAUAUUUUCACAAGCGCAAAAAUCAAGGUCAUAAUGGUUGGACACAAAAAAUCAAAUGAUGGAGCAGGAACAGUGGAAACAUUUUUCCAUUAUGAUUAUUACACAGAUCAAUCAGAUAUUGAGAAACACGCAAGUAACAUAAUCCAACUUCUUGGAGAUAGAGUGAAAGAUAUUGACGGGUGUUUUACUUUUACUGAAGAAGAUACACCAAUAACUGCUGUUAUAUUUGAGAAACUUAAACUCAAAGGAUUUCAUCCUGACGCAGCCAUAACAGUGAGGAGCAAACAAAAAACCUACGAAGCCAUGAAAUCCAACACAAGUAAUACUCCAUUCAAGACAGAAAAAUAUUCGCCCGUUUCCUUUCGAAUCCGAAAUGAAAGUGAUAUAAAAAAGGCCAAGGAGAUAACGUUUCCUGCCAUUCUCAAGCCGGAACACGACGCGAGCUCCUGGGGAGUUGUGAAGGUUAUAUCUGAAGACGACUGCCUUCUACAGUACAACAAAAUACAGAAAGAGUUUAAAGAAUCCUCCUUUGGAGAAACGUUUGGAACGUCAAUGAUCCUCAUGGAACUUCUUGAUGGUCUCUCCUACGAGGUGGACGUGGUGAUUUACGAAGGCCAGCUCAUGGCUGCAUUUGUAAGCGACAUUGGUCUCUACCUCCCUAACAGUUAUGCCUGCACUUCGGUAUGCAUUCCUUCUAAUCUGUCUGCAGAACGUCAAGACCAACUGAAGACAGCCGCGCAUCAUUGUUGUUGUAAAGUCGGUUUAGUCAAUGGUGUUUUCAAUUCAGAGUUUAAGAUGACAUCUUCCGGUCCAAAACUCGUUGAAAUCAAUGGCAGAGUAGGCAGUUUUCGUAGAUGUAUCGUCUACGAGACAAUAUAUGGCGUCAACUUAUGGGAGAUUGCAGCCGCCAUAGCUUGUGGAAUCAAGCCUUGUUUUCAAGAAGUAACCCCAAGAUGCUUUGCUGUCGGAGCCUAUCUCUACAUUAGGUUUCACGGAGAGCAGUUUUUUAAAGAAGACAUUAGUCUAAAGCUAAGUUCUAUGGCUGAAGCAAACGAUAUACUCCUGCUCAGGGAGAGCGAGACAAUAGACCUGCAAUGCGAGAAUGAAGAAUUUCUCAGACCUUUCUGUCAUCUAGUUGCGCUUAACAAAACAAGUACAAAGCAUGCUAGACAUAUGCUCACACAGCUUUUCCAGGACCUCGGAUUUACUGGGACCGAUUAUGACAUUGAACAAUUCACAAGUGUGUGGGCUUAAUAUUUAUAUAAAACUGCCAACAUUUUCCUGACAGUCAGGUAAACAAAACAUAUCAAGUGAAUUAAAAUUGUGUAAACACUGCCUAAAAAUACAAUAUAGGUAGCACACCAGUAACUUCUAUAUAAACACCACUUGUAAACAAUACGAAUUCAACGUUUUUAUAAGCACUGCUUAAACUACCAUAAAGGAGUAUACCCCAGCGUCUAUCCUUUAAAUAAAAACGACUUGUUAAUUAUAAAUAUGAUUCAUUUUAGCUACUAUUUGACGUAUUGUCCUGCUGUAAAAAGUUUGUAAUGUAUUUAAACCUGUGACCUUGACAGAUAUACUACAGGCCACAUAGAAUUAUAUGAUUUUCUCCCACAUUAGACAUUUUGUGGACUGCCAGCUCAGGCAAAAGAGUGAAUAAUUAAUUAAUAGAUAAUUAUUGUAAAAUGAACAUGUUUAGAAUAGUUGGUAUAAAUGUUUUAAAAUAUUUGAAACCAGUUAAAUUUGAAAUGUGUUAAGGUCAUUCGAAUUGAUUUGAAUAAACAACUUUAGGCCCGUCAACACAGCCCAUCACUGGGGCAGUGCCAUAUCACAAGGACGCUACUGGUAGCAUGCAUGUGUUAGUCAUUUCAUGUGUAGAAUUGUAUAUAUAAGCACGACCCUACCUGUAUGCCUAUUGAUUAAACACAUCUGAACUUAAAGUAAGUCUAUGUGAUUCAUUUCAACAAAUCAAAUAGUCCAGCAUUCCAACAUUAUGCUGGCUAAAUAGUAUUACCUAAGGACUUUUGGUAUUUCAGAGAAACACAGUUUGUGAUGUAAAACCGGAGGAAAGCGCUGGAUAUUGGCACGGGAAAAAAAUGCAAAGAUGCAGAACAUAAUAUACAUAGCAUACAAACAAAUUUGCCGGUUACGACUCUCACCGAUUGGAAAUGAUAAGGAGAAGUUUCACGAUAUAUAUGAAACUA